UUCCACAGGAGUAGGCCUGAUUUUGACGCCAUCUUACAUCAUAGGGAUCAACAACUUUCCAAUCCCAAGUGGCCUCGCUGGUGAGCUGUUCUGCCGAAUAGUCGUAUCAUACUACCUCGUGUUUACCCUCGGCAUUGUUUCAGUCUAUACAAUCACGUGUUUAUCUCUCGAGAGAUGGUUUGCAGUGGCAAAGCCUGCUCGGUACAGAGCAGGUUUUAAAAGUUACAGAAUCUAUAUAAUGGUGGCAACUGUAUGGUUCAUAUCGUUUCUGUUUAACGCCCCUCACCUUUUCGAAAUGAAACUGGGGCCCGAAAAUCACUGUGAAUGGGUUUCGCUGACGACGGGAGACGUCAGAAGAGGAGUUGCAUUAAUUGAGUUCUUGGGAAAGUUUUUCGUGCCACUUGUUAUCACAUGUUUGUCGUUCCUGAGUCUGUGGGUCAAAGUUCGGGAUUCGCCAGCUCUGUUUCAAACAAAUAGAGGUAAAGCUGGUGUACGUCUACUGCGCAUGUGUGCAAUUACUGCAGUGGUUUUGGCAAUAUGUUGGUUUCCUAACCAAGUGUAUUACUUGUUGUUCAAGUUUGACAUUACCCAAAUGGAUACCGCUGCACAUCAAGUAACGGUAGUUAUGUGCAUGGGAAAUUCCACCCUCAACCCCUUCAUUUACUGCGCAAUUAACCCAUCUUACAGAAAACACUUCAUAAACUUUCUUUGUCCGUGGCGAUCGGGAUAUGAUGCCGCAGAUGUCAUUUCGGAUGAUAAGCGAGCUCAUACGAUGCGCAACAGUAACACGGCAUCAGGAUAUACCCAGCAAAGCUUUCCAGGGGCAAGAACGUCUCGCUUUGAUGACUACAAUUCACGGAGUGCUUCUGAAAUUCGCAUUUGACGUUGGUUACCGAAGUGGAAUACCUUAAAUAAGGUCUAAGGAAAGCCAACUAGGAGCUGCUGCCGGCAACAGAAAGGUUCGCUUGUGAACUAGAGAAACCAAAGAUAUCAAACCGGGAAUAAGGAGACGAAAAAUAAACCUUGCAUGAGAAAAAAUAGCAAUAAAUUUUUUGUUUGGGGCUAGGGCUGAGAGAUCAUAACGAAUGCGCGUUACCACUCUUUAAAAAAAAUAGUGAUAUCGUAGGGUUGUUUGUGCCUAUCUGAUCACAAAAAACCCAGGAAAGUGUGUCAGAGUAGAUGUUUGCCGCAUGAGUGUUAUGCUACAAAAACAUUAAUAACAUCAUACAAUAAUAAUAAUAAUAAUAAUAAUAAUAAUAAUAAUAAUAACAACAAUAAUAUAUAAUAACAGAGAAGAGAUUUCCCCGUGUAUCCUUAAGUUUAAUAAAUACUCCCAUAGUUAACAACAAUCUGUAAAGAAUUCCCUCUUUCGAACAGUUUUUUAGAACCGUUUUAUUCAAUGGUAUCAUCUACUUCGCUGUCUUCAAAGGGUUGUUCGGUUUCGACUGAGGUCUUCUUUUCGCUGACUUCUAGGAAAACAAAAGACAAAAUGCAAAUAAACAGUUGAUUCAAAAUGUUAGAAAGUACUGAGCAUCAAAAAGACGCAAAAAAGAAGUUACAUGAAAAAGAGAAAAUAUACUAGAUUUAAGGAUAAACUUUGAACACUGUUGUGUGUAUUCAUGCAUAAAUUUGACCUUUAAGAUUAAUCAUCAUCAACAUUGAUAAAAAUCAAUACAAUAAAGCUUGGCAGCGCUAAAUAUCAGGUACCGUGUUUUAAAACCACGACGAAAAAUAUUUUAUUAUAACGCUCUUCUUGGUAAAUAAAGAAUUUAUACCAUCA